CGUAUUGAUGUUGGUAUUCAUUAUCGUGCUGAUCAUAGCUGAUUGCUGAGCACUGUUCUUCUACCCCCUUAAAAUCCGAAGUCCUUCCUGCAAUACUGCGUCGUUGCUCCGCAUUCGAUCACUCUCCCACUGGUCCCGUCCUUGUCCAUACACAAUUAGCGGUUCUACUUCUUUCUAGGGUUUUACCUUUUUCCUCGAACGAUGUACGCCGAUCGGGUCGCAGCCGGGACCAAGCGCUCUAUCAAGGAGCGACUUGAGGGUGACAUAGAAGACGAUCUUGGCCCACUCCAGAAGCCGGUAUUGAAAAGGCAGCGCCAGGUUGAUGACAAAUGGAAACAUGAUCUUUAUGAGGGUGAUAGAGAAUCUCCAUCUUCAAAAUCUACAGUUGGCCCUAAGGAUCUCCGCUUAAAGCUUCAAAGGAAAGUUCCUCAGCAAACCCUCCAAAGUGGGAAAGCAGCUGGAGUACGAGAUCUUCGCGAAAAACUUUCUGGUAUCAUGCAUUCUCAAGCAGCAAAUAUCGAUCCGCCAAAAGCUAAAGCUGCACCAGAGAGUUCCAUUCCUGCAAAUAAAAGUGCAACUUCUGUUGAAGCAUCUGUGCAGGAGACAAAGAACAUAUCCAACCCAACUUAUUCUGAAAAAAAGGCUAAGCGAAAGUCCGAGUUCUCGGUAGAAGGGUUUUUGCAGUCACUCGGCCUUGAGAAGUACAUAAUAACGUUCAAGGUAGAGGAGGUUGAUAUGGCAGCUCUUAUGCACAUGACUGAAGCUGAUCUCAAGGCCCUAGGAGUUCCGAUGGGUCCAAGAAAGAAGAUACUUCGUGCAUUGGAAUCGAGUUCGUAGGAGCAUCUGACAAUUCGAUGAUGGUAAACUUUUGGUUGUGUAGAUCAUGCAAAUUCUUACUGUAGAUGCUGAUUUAUCUUAUUUUGUCAGCCUGCAAAUUUCUGCUCUGUUUUUUUUGGUCUCAAUCAACGCCUUAUCAGCAUGUUUUACCCUCCAUGUUGGAGGCCUCUAUUAGUGUUGCAUGCUGUAAAAAACCUCAAGGCAUUAAUUGCAUUUGAAAUAUUGUAAUGCCACUUAUUUUUAUUUGGAAACUAUUUUAUUUCUUUCUUUUUUUGGUUUUUUUUUGCUAAUAGUGACCAGGAAAAAAUAUGUAUGUUGGGACUUCAUUGUCUCAGGCUGUUUUUUCAAGAUGUUAUUAG